CUCUCUCUCUCACCCAGGAUCUCACCGCACUCACACACACGACUCUCUCUCGACCCUGCUCUCUGUUUUGCCUCUUCGGCACCACUGCCCAUUACCAACUCAUCUCUCAUCUCACACACACAAGAGACCAAAGAGAGAGUGGUUGAUUGAGUUCGUCCGAAGUAUGAUUCAAAACCGAUCUCUGAUUGCGUAACAUCCCUCUGUGACGCUGCUACCAAGAUUCGAUUUUUCACCCUCCAGCUUUCACCAUGAGUGCAGGUGGUGCCUUUGGUGGUAAUAGGGGACUGAGCCCAGUUCCUCCGGAGAAAGGUGUCUUUCCUUUGGAUCAUAUGCAUUUGUGUGACCUGGAGAAAAAGGAAUACCUCAGCUGUCUCAAAACUUCGGGCCACCAAUCAGAAAAAUGUAGACUCUUCUCAAAAAAGUACCUGGAAUGCCGCAUGGAAAAAUUUAGCUAUCCUAUUUCGUGGAUGAAACAUUUUGGCGUAUCUAAAUAUGAUGAAGGUCUUGAACCAAAAACUGAGGAAAACAAUUUAAUGGAACUUGAUGGCAAAACAAGACAUGUCGGAACUUGGAUUCGUUAGGGAAAGUAACUCGGAUGCUUCUGGAGAGAAGGUUUCCGAGCGGAUUGCUAAUUAGAUCGGAUGAUAACUUAGAAGACGAUAGUAGUUGGGAGAGUUUUACCGAACAUUGAAUCUUGAUCAUGGAAGAACUACUUGUAAAGGAUCCAAAAACAUUAGUGUUUUGGUUUUUUCAAAAGAUGUUAAUGGUUUAUUUUCGUAGACUUGUAGAGAAGGCAAUGAUGCUAAUUUUUGAUAAGAUGAAUCAAAUUUAAGUUUGACAUUUUAAAUGGCAAAGGACCCAAAUAAGACCCAAAUAAGGUAUGAUAGGGAGCCUUGCGGUCGGGUUCCAGAAAAAUGUCAAAGGCAAAAAUUUCUGCAACGAGAAUGUCAUUUCAAGUCAAUUAGGCAAGGUCUUAUAUUUUAUUAAAUACUUUUAUGUAUUAAUUCAGUGUGUAAUUAAUUUAAAAUAUCAUUAGCAGUAA